UCCUCAGCCUCCUGUCUUUCUCUUAGCAGCCUCUGCAGGUGAAGGAUCUCCCUCUGGUAAGAAGCUGUUCUCCCCUCCGCUGACUCCUCCAACACUGCCAGUCUGGUUGACGCCUGCAUCCGGUACACCUGCACACAAACAGACACACACACACACACACAGGAAUGAGAUGUGGAGUGUUGCUAUGAGGGAGGCGGAUUUACAUGAAGGACAGCGCAGCAGAGACAACUGGAGUGGAGGAGGGGGAGUCGCACACAUUGGGACAAGAACAUGACUUUAAGAUGAGCGCUCCUCAGGCUGAAUUAGAGGAGAAGGACUGUCCUCCACCAGAGGAGUUAGAGUGCAAAAUUUGUUACCAACGUUAUAAUGCCCACACCCGCAAGCCUAAGAUCCUGGACUGCCUGCACCGGGUCUGCACCCGUUGCCUCAUUAAGAUCCUGGACAUUGCUGAUGGAGCAGGCUUCAUCUCCUGCCCCUUCUGCCGACACCAAACCGAGAUCACAGAGUACGAGGUGUCAGCACUCCCUGAUGAUGCUAUCAUUAUGUCUCACUUGGCAAUGAGGGACAAAUCCUGGAGCUCAGACCACAACAGGGAAGUGGUCCUGACUCCAACGAGUUUCUCCUCCUCCACCCCGUCUCACGACUCCUCCAACUGCCUGGUCAUCACUAUAAUGGAAGUGCAGAGGGACUCACAGCACUCCCCAAGCCGAAAUGGCAGCUCUGACGUCUAUGCUGAGCAAAGCCUGGACUCAGUAUCGAUGGGAUCCAAUGGGCCUGCUGAUCAGGACGUCCUGUCAAAGUUCUGUAAUCAUGUCCCACGCAUCCUGGUUUGGCUCCUGGGUUUCUUAUACUUUGGGUCCCUGCCUCUAGGAAUCUACUUGUUGGUGAUCCAGAGAGUGACACUGGGCAUUAUAUGUGUUAGCCUGGUGCCAUCAAGCCUGACAGUUUGCCUUGUCUAUGGCUUCUGCCAGUGUCUGUGCCAAGGCAUGUGCGACUGCUCCACCAGGGGUUCAUAGAAUGCUAUCGAGAACUGGUGGUCAGCUGCAGUAAACAGGUAUUUGAUGUGUUUUGUGAAAAGAAAGAGGGUCAAAAGAUAAAGACGGUGCCCUCUCCAACAUAGACUCUGCAAGCCUGUCAAGACCUAAGACAGCCUCUAGUAUGGGUCUGUGGUUUUGUUGGUUCUGGUUUUGCAACUCGGAAACCAGUUUGGCCAACAGGAACAGAGCCUCUGGCAAGACGUGUUAGUUGGAGAAACUCCAAUACCUACAUUUCUGUGAUGUAUUUCUGUAACCUUUCUUCGUUCUGUGCUGUGUGUAUGUGAGUGAGUCCUGGGCCCUCAUUUAUCAAUGCAUUUCAGGAUGUUUGAAUAAUUGCGAAUUCCCAAUACCAAAAAGGAAACAAAAUAAUUGUUACAAGUCAUUUUGGCUACCAGUAAAAAUCAAAGGCCAAUCUUAAUCACUGAUUUAUAGUAUAGCAAUAUUUUUUUUUCAUUUACUUCUAUUUUUAGUGAGUUUUCCUCAUUUCUAUAAGCCAGCAUUCAUUAUAGAGCUACGUGUCACCAAGUACUUCCUCUCUCUGUUAAAGCUACAGGUGACUUCACAUAAAAUACAUGUUAAUUGUUAUACCAGUCUUGCUGUCAGGCCCUAUAGAAAUAUAUGGCUAAAAAGCAUUGGUAGAUUAACAUCUAUUGGUUGAAAGGUAUUGGUCUGUGAACCUAUUGAUAUAAGACUGUUGCAACAACUUUAUAUUCUUGUGCUGUUUCAAGGGAAUAUGAUUGACAGGUGAUAAAUUAGCAACUGCAAGAAUAGCAGCUUUCACAUUUCUGUGUCUUCUUGAACAUCGCAAGGAAUAUAACUAGAAAACACUGUCCAUUUGGCUGGAUUUUUCAUAAUAAAAAAUGUAAUGUGUUCCACGUAAGGAAAAAAAAUAUUUGAAUGCAAUACACAUUUUAGUAUGAAGUAAGUACAAAUUACGAAAUCAACUGUGAAUGGACCAUAAUGCUUUAUUACCUAUUUUACUGUCAUGGCAGUGGCUGUGGGUGUACAUGUGAUGUGGUUGUUAAUGCUGUAUUACUGAAUGUUCCCUGCUCAGUCUCUCUCUCUGCCUCAAAUACAGACACAAACCAUUCAGAGUUGUUGUGUUGAUGGGAUUUGGUGCAUGUCAGGCAUAAACCAGACUCAUAUCUCAGGUUUUUUGAUACUCUUUAAAUGUUAAGCAACACAUUUUACUUUCAGUUACUUGUUAGGUUGAACAUAGCAAGGCUGUUCUGUUGCAUUUUGUGGUACUGCUUAUAAAAAGCUUGUUUGGCUCAAAAGUACAGUUAAAAGCUAUGAGAGUCCUCUGCUACAUGCACAUACUGUCAUACUACAGCCAUGUGGCUUUGCUGUUGUGUGGCACCUCAAGGUUGUGUGCAUUAUUUAUGUGGCAUCUUUUGCAUAUAAGACAAGUGUUCCCAUACAUGUACCAUCCUGGCAUAUGGAUUCCUCAAGGAAGGACACAAAAAACGACUGUAUGGUGUAAAAACUAAAUGCUUUGCUGAGCACAUUGCAUGUAUGUAGAGAAAAAAGGCUAUUUUUGAGUAAUUACCAA